UUUAGGAGCUAUUGCAUCAGGAGACCUGGGACUGAAGCUAGUAAACGAAUCUGAAACCCAGCAAUGCAUUCUACCAUGAUGUUUCUGGGUAUCUUGUUUGGCUUACUAACCCAGGCCAGCACGCUACCACUCAAGAAUUCUACUGGAGUUCAUGAAGGGAAAGUGAGAUUGAAAAGGAAAUACUCAGAUGAAAUUAUAGACCUUGAUGAAAUGACUGUCAUGGAUCAAAUCCUGGUAGUCAAUAGCAGACUGCAACUCCCCAGAGGACUGACAUUUAGAGAUGGAGAUAUUGCCAGUUCAUACGUACGGAGUGCCAUAAACUGCCCUGGCAAUGCAUGUCUGUGGCCCAAAUCGGUGGAUGGAUUUGUUUAUGUUCCCUACAUCAUCUCUCCAUUAUAUGAUGACAUGGACAGAAUCACCAUAGAAACUGGGAUGCAGGACAUCGUCGCUGGAACGUGUGUUAAAUUUGUUCCGCGCACUCAUGAAGCCAACUUCCUCGAUGUUCAGCCUAGAUAUGGCUGCUGGUCAUUUCUGGGGCAGACUGGUGGAAGCCAAACCCUGUCACUGCAGACUCCUGGGUGCAUGUGGUCCGGAGUGGCCGCCCACGAGUUCAUGCACGCCCUGGGGUUUGUGCAUGAGCAGUCGCGCUCCGACCGAGACCGCUAUGUCACAGUUGUAUGGAAAAACAUCAUGGCAGACCGUAUAAACAACUUCAGGAAACAGGCGACAAACAAUCUUCAUAGCCCAUAUGACUACAACUCUGUCAUGCACUAUGGACGAUAUGCCUUCUCUGAAAACGGUGGACCAACAAUAAUCCCCAAACCAGAUCCUUACAUUCCCAUUGGCCAGAGAGACGGACCCAGUGCGCUAGACCUCCAUAAGAUAAAUGUCCUAUAUAACUGUGGUGCCGAUGACUAACUGGAUCUACACAACCCUGCGGUCAGGCUCUGCAAAAUGUGGAAAGCAGUCCAUUAUACAUUCUGAUCUUCAGUAGAUAAUAUUGGAAACAUCCAUUUCAGCUAAUAAAGUUCUUUCCCCCAAUUAUUUUCACUAUCACAAAGUCUUGUCUGUACGUUUACAUUGUGUUUAUACACAUCUGACUAAGUGUGAUAAGGUGAAAUAAAUGACCAGGUAAUUGUUAAAAGCUUUUUCUAAUAACUACAAUUGCCAGGUACAAGAGUGGCCAAUUUGAGGACCCCGUUGGCACCAAUUAGAUCACAGAAUCCAAUCUCUCUAUGUGUUUGCUUUCUGCCUCCUUCCCAGCUUCUGCACACCUUGAAUAAAGAAAAUACAGCAAUAAGAAUAAAUCGUGUGCUUUACUCAUUUGUUGUGUGUGUUUUCAGGUGAUGGGCUACUAAUGAGAAAAAUAAGUCUUUUCUGAUCUAUUUUACAGGUGGCACAUAAUACUAAAUUUUACUUCUUUUGUG